UCCAGUAGUUCGGGCUGCCUUUCUUCUAAUGCUCUUUGUUCGUAAUCAAACCUUUCCUUAUGCGAUAAAACAAAUAUUAUAUGGUUUUAAGUGGUACACUGGGCGUACUCUCUUACCUAACAAGAGAACUGGUCUUUAUAUUCUUUCGAAUAGAAGAUAUUAUAACAAAGAGCUCGAAAAAAUUCGUAACGUUGGGAUCAUGGCUCAUAUUGAUGCAGGAAAGACAACCACAACCGAACGGAUGCUCUUCUAUUCUGGCGUUAUUAAGCACAUUGGCGAUGUAGACGACGGAGACACCGUAAUGGAUUUUAUGGACCAAGAAAGAGAAAGAGGCAUUACCAUUAAUUCAGCUGCCAUCACGCUACCCUGGAAGGGACACACAAUUAAUCUUAUUGAUACGCCCGGCCACGUUGAUUUUACCAUGGAAGUGGAAAGGUCCUUGAGAGUUUUGGAUGGAGCUGUUCUUAUAUUGGAUGGCGUCGCUGGGGUGCAGGCGCAGACGCACACCGUUUGGUCCCAGUCGAGAAAAUAUAAUAUCCCGACUAUCAUUUUCAUAAACAAACUGGACCGCGUUGGAGCCGAUCUUGGCAGAGCCAGCCGCAGCGUCGCUGAAAAGCUCAAGAGCAUUCCACUUCAGACGCAAUUUACACUUCAGAACAGGACCUCUUUGGAGGCUAUAGUGGAUGUUGUUGGCAUGAACGUUGCUAAGUUUGAGGGAGAACACGGCAUCGAUGUCGUACGAGCUCCUCUACCAGAAACUCACCCGCUUUACCAGUUCGCUUUAAAAAAACGCGCUGAACUUAUUGAAAAGCUCGCUGAGUUGGACGAUAAAUUCAUGGAGCUUAUUUUCGACGUCUACGAGGGCGAUGAUAGCGUAGCUAAAGUACUUCCGGACGACAUUCGCUCUGCAUUAAGGAGAGUUACCAUUACUCGAGCGGCAGUCCCUAUUCUUUGCGGCUCCAGUUUGAAAGAUAUCGGGGUGCAACUUUUGCUGGACGCGAUUGUAGCGUAUCUUCCCUCCCCGCUGGCCGCCAGCUUUCCUACUGCCACCUUAUUGGAUCAAAAGACCUCUUAUAGCACAGUGGAGGUAAAGCCGAACUUUCAUGAACCGCUCUGCGCCUUUGCUUUUAAAGUUGUUAAUGACUUUCAAAAAGGGCUUCUUGUUUACCUGCGGAUCUACCGCGGAGUCCUUCACGCCAAGUCCACACUGACAAACACUUCCAGGGGGAAGAAGGAAAGAGUACAGCAGUUGAUGCAAGCAUUUGCUGACGAGUACAAGGACGCUGUCAGGCUUUGCGCAGGAAACAUUGCUGUAGUAACCGGCCUGAGAAACACGAGGACGGGCGAUACGUUGGUGGAGUCCUCGAGUAAGCAAGCGCUUUGCCUUUCAUCUGUCAAUAUUCCGGAACCCGUCUUCUUCUGCUCCAUCGAAGCAGACUCGCUAAAGAACGAAAAAUUUUUAACUGAAGUUUUGGAAAUUCUGCAGAAGGAAGAUCCCAGCCUUCGCGUAGAGUACGACGAGGACCACCAGCAGACUAUUUUGAAAGGGAUGGGCGAGCUACAUCUGGAGGUUAUUUGCGAGAAGAUACGGCGGGUGUACGGCUUGAGCGUAAGCCUCGGGGAAAUGCAGGUGGCCUACAGGGAAAGCGUCCUGCGACCUGCUCGAGUUCUCCAGCAGUUCGAGGGCUCUCUUGCCUCGAAAGGUCAGCUCUGUUCAUUGGACAUCAGCUUAUCUCCUGCAGAAGAAAACUCGGACCAAAAAAAUUGUAGUGAUCCCUUUUUCGAUGCUGUUAAUAAUGUAAAAGUGGAGUUCAGUAUCCCCGAGGAAAAUGAGUUUUAUAAAAUGGACAAAGUAGAGGUGCAAACAGCCAUCUACGAGGCUGUGAAAAACACGCUAACUACAGGAGUUCUUCUCGGCUUUCCUGUGAGUCAUGUAGUUGUGCGUAUUCUAAAUGGCACGACAACCAAUGAGACUACGGUGGCUUCUAUUGCGUUUUGCGUUGGUAAAGCUCUGCGGAGGUUACUUGAAAUGGCCGGCUCGUACUUGCUUGAACCUAUAAUGAGGAUCGAGAUUACAUGCGACGACAAAUACACUGGGCUUGUGCUGAACGAUUUGAGCAGUCAAAGGCGAGGGCAGAUCGCCUCAGUGGAAGUGACGGACGGCAUCCGAUUUAUAAACGCUCUCGUUCCGCUCUCCACAAUGAUUGGUUACUCGACCGUUCUACGCUCGCAGACAGCCGGUUCAGGAACCUUCAUACUAACUUUUGAAAGAUACGAAAAGCUAAGCGAACACGUGCAAAAGGCUGUUCUUCUGAAGAUAAGAGGCUAUUGCUAACGCACCCCAAGGCGCCGAAGACGGGCGAUAACCUCGGAUAUAGCUGUAAGCAAUGAAGCAACCGAGAAAUAAAAAGGGGAAGGUUUAUUGGUUAAUAAGCCGCGCCAUUUCACAUUUGUAUUGCUCAGCCACGUGGGUAUAGCCCAGCUUUAAGCAUGCGUCCACGAGGGUGUUGUAGACAUGCAUAAUAUUUCCUUGAAGCCUGGCGACUCCUUUUAUUUUCUCAAAAUAGUGAAUAGCGUUUUCAAUGUGGCCUCUUCCUGCAAA